AUGGAAGAUUCUCAGAGAGAGCAAGAGCGGAUGAUACGACGCCACCAUCUCGAGAAAAUUGAGCUUCAGGCCCGCAUCCAGGCCAUGAAGAUCUCGGUCCCCAAGAACGACAAGAAGAGAAGAAAGCAGUUGCUCCUAGACGUGGCCCGCCUUGAGGCCCAGAUGGAGCAGAAGCACCAGCAGGAAAUGGAGAAGUUCCGAGAGAGUUGCCCUGAUAACAGCAACCUCGAUUCCGUCACAGAAGAUCUUGCCAAAAUGGAUCUUGAGAACCAGCCUCCCAGCGUGUUGAGGGCACAGAAGAGGCGUGAAAGAAUGGCGGCCCCUCAGAGAGAGCGCCCCGGGAGCGUCGCAGAAGUGGAGAUGGAGCUUCUGGCCAGCUUCCGCCGCGAAGAGGAGGAGAAGCUUGCUGCCAUCCUGGGAUCCAGGAACCUGGAAAUGAAGGAUAUCCCAGCCGACCACCACUGCAUGUACCGCGCGAUUCAAGACCAGCUAAUGUUCUCUGUGACUGUGGAGAGCCUGCGGUACCACACCGCCAUGUACAUGCGCAAGCACGUCGACGACUUUCUGCCCUUCUUUAGCGACCCCGAAACCGGCAACACCUACAGCCAGGAUGAAUUCUUGAGCUACUGCGACGACAUCGUGCGCUGCCCGUUGUGGGGAACCCAACUGGAGCUGAGAGCCCUGUCGCAUGUCCUGCAGACCCCCAUCGAGGUGAUCCAGACCGAAUCACCCACACUCGUCAUUGGGGAGGAGUAUACCAAGAAGCCGCUCACCCUCGUCUACCUGCACUACACCUGCAACCUUGGGGAGCACUACAACUCAGUGAAGCAGCUCGAGGCCGGCGCCGUCGGGGGCACGGCCCCCCGGCUCUUCUAG